AUGGCGUCGGAGAUAGAAGAUCAUCCACCCCAAAAGCGAUCUCGAUCACGAAUCAUACAAGCCUGCAUCCCUUGCCAUCGCUCGAAGAGGAAAUGCAACCGAAAGAAGCCUUGUUCGCAAUGCCUUAAACGUCAGACUACCAAGAAUUGCACCUAUGAAGCACUGGCAGCCGAGGAUUUGGAGAUCCUGGAGGACGAUACAACAUCGGUAGAUGCGGAGAACAGGAUUUUGCGAUCACGGAUAACUCAGCUCGAAGCCGUGAUUAUGCAGCUGCGUGACCGCAACACUGAUCCUGUCAAUUCGCGGAAGAGGCGAAGGACCCCGGAAAAGGCUCACGAUCAAGACGGGGUAUAUUAUGGUCGUUCCUUCUACCUUGGAGGACCUGCGGCCCCAGAUCUCCUUCAUCAGAUGAUGGCUUUGCAUCCAAACCAACCAUCAGAUCUAUUAUUUGCGUUUUUUGGAGGCACUGAUAGCAGCAUAUCAAGCAGGAAUGAGGGUGGCAGUAUCUUACCGAUAGGAAAUGUGACGGAUUGUGGCGUUGGUGACAUCUGCGCUUGCCUUCGAAGCAUCGCUCGUGAAAGCCUUGACGCUAUCUUAGAUAGCUUCGUCGAGAUUGUCGACCCUCUUCAUCACUACCUUCCUAUGCCUUGGAUCUUACAAAGAUAUGAGCGAUGCAUGAAUAUAGCAGUCGCACCGGAGCCACAAGAAGCCGCUCUUGUAUUUGCUGUGCUUGGUUUAGGGAAUCUCGUGGCUGCCAACCGAACGUCAUUCAAUUUUAUUUCGGCUUCCUUUCAACUUCUGCGAUUGUCCAACUUUCUGACAUCACCAUCCAUUGAUACAAUGGCGACAUUCUGCUUCAUCGCUGUUUACCAACAGCAUGAAGGAAAACUAAACGAAUAUUGGCCAUUACUAGGGAUGGUGAUCCGUUUGGCCCAGUCGAUGGGGCUCCAUCGCGACCCAAGUCUUAUAUCUAGCCUCGUUCCAGAGGAGAGUGAAAUCCGUCGCAGACUGUUCCAUGCCAUUGUUGGACAGGAGACUGCAUUGAGCGUCAUGUUCGGACGACCCAACGGCCUAGGCUUCUUUGAUUGCGCGUUGCCGCGAGAUAUGAGCGACGCGGAAUUGUUUGGUGUAAAUAGCGCGGUUACUGUUCAUCCUCACGAGAUCUCUUACAAUCGAUAUGCUUGGGAACUGAUGGAAAUCACCCGUGAUCUGGUUACAAACUCAUUCACCACACCUGAAUCUUCAACACUUGCUAGGGAGAAAUCGAUCUCACAACAACUCCGACAGUGGUAUCAGAACCUACCACCAUCGUUCAGAUUCCAGCUACCUGGGUUAUCUCUCCAGGAUCUGAACGACCAGGAAGAAAAGGUCCAUUACGUUCAGGCCUUAAUUUUACAUAUUAUCGUCAAUCACAACGAGCUUUGCCUGCUGAGAAAGGACAUCAAAGACACGUCCUCGGUAUUGCGGAUCGGUCCAUCAACAAACCAGGAGCUUAACUCUGAUGAGAACUCCAACAGCCCCCAAGCGCCCAGCGCCGGUCAAGAGACAGAGGCUGCAGACCAACUUUUCCCGGAGGUCAAUGGACAGUUGUCCCCAACUCAGGCGGUGUCGACCGAUUCGCCGGAUACCUAUAACGUCGAUGGGGUUGACCAUGAAUACAACGACCUGCUACUAGAUUGUGGCCAGGCUUUUGAUUCAUAUAUGACCCAGGUCGCCGUGCCUGGUGAAGCUUUGGGCAUGCAACCCCUCACAGACUCUGCUCAGUACAACAUAUUUGACCUCGAUGUGGCGAAUUGGCCGUUCUGGCUUACCGCUGAUCAAGCCUCUAUAGUGCCAGGGGAAUAG